AUGAAGCUGGACAAGGACGUCAACCUUGAGGUGGUUGCCAAGGAUACGCACGGCUACGUCGGCGCCGACUUGGCCGCGCUCUGCACCGAGGCGGCGUUGCAGUGCAUCAGGGAGAAGAUGGACGUGAUCGACUUAGAGGACGACACCAUUGAUGCCGAGAUCUUGAACUCCAUGGCCGUCACCAAUGACCACCUUAAGACGGCUCUCAUCGGCACCAACCCGUCCGCGCUUCGUGAGACCGUCGUCGAGGUGCCCAACGUCAACUGGAACGAUAUCGGCGGCCUCGACGGCGUCAAGAGGGAGCUGCAAGAGACCGUACAGUACCCGGUCGAGCACCCAGAGAAAUUUGAGAAGUUCGGCAUGUCGCCGUCCAAGGGCGUCCUCUUCUACGGGCCACCGGGAUGUGGCAAGACCUUGCUGGCGAAGGCGAUCGCCAACGAGUGUCAAGCCAACUUCAUCAGCAUCAAGGGGCCAGAGCUGAUCACCAUGUGGUUCGGUGAAAGUGAGGCCAACGUGCGUGAAAUCUUUGACAAGGCGCGCCAGUCUGCGCCAUGCGUCUUGUUCUUCGACGAGCUUGACUCCAUCGCAACCCAGAGGGGAGGCAGGGUGGGGGAUGCCGGCGGCGCGGCGGACAGGGUCCUGAACCAGCUGCUCACCGAGAUGGACGGCAUGAACGCCAAGAAGACGGUCUUCAUCAUCGGCGCCACCAAUAGACCGGACAUCAUUGACUCGGCGUUGCUCCGUCCCGGCCGCCUGGACCAGCUCAUCUACAUCCCCUUGCCGGACGAGGCCUCGCGACACCAGAUCUUCAAGGCCUGCCUCAGGAAGUCUCCUGUGGCCAAGGACGCCGACCUCGGUGUGCUGGCAAGGUUCACCGCCGGCUUUAGCGGUGCCGACAUCACGGAGAUCUGCCAAAGGGCGGCGUUGCAGUGCAUCAGGGAGAAGAUGGACGUGAUCGACUUAGAGGACGACACCAUUGAUGCCGAGAUCUUGAACUCCAUGGCCGUCACCAAUGACCACCUUAAGACGGCUCUCAUCGGCACCAACCCGUCCGCGCUUCGUGAGACCGUCGUCGAGGUGCCCAACGUCAACUGGAACGAUAUCGGCGGCCUCGACGGCGUCAAGAGGGAGCUGCAAGAGACCGUACAGUACCCGGUCGAGCACCCAGAGAAAUUUGAGAAGUUCGGCAUGUCGCCGUCCAAGGGCGUCCUCUUCUACGGGCCACCGGGAUGUGGCAAGACCUUGCUGGCGAAGGCGAUCGCCAACGAGUGUCAGGCCAACUUCAUCAGCAUCAAGGGGCCAGAGCUGCUCACCAUGUGGUUCGGUGAAAGUGAGGCCAACGUGCGUGAAAUCUUUGACAAGGCGCGCCAGUCUGCGCCGUGCGUCUUGUUCUUCGACGAGCUUGACUCCAUCGCAACCCAGAGGGGAGGCAGGGUGGGGGAUGCCGGCGGUGCGGCGGACAGGGUCUUGAACCAGCUGCUCACCGAGAUGGACGGCAUGAACGCCAAGAAGACGGUCUUCAUCAUCGGCGCCACCAAUAGACCGGACAUCAUUGACUCGGCGUUGCUCCGUCCCGGCCGCCUGGACCAGCUCAUCUACAUCCCCUUGCCGGACGAGGCCUCGCGACACCAGAUCUUCAAGGCCUGCCUCAGGAAGUCUCCUGUGGCCAAGGACGCCGACCUCGGUGCGCUGGCAAGGUUCACCGCCGGCUUUAGCGGUGCCGACAUCACGGAGAUCUGCCAAAGGGCGUGCAAGUACGCCAUCAGGGAGGACAUUGAAAAGGACAUGGAGAGGCAGAGGAUGGAAAAAGACACCAUGGAGAUGGACGGCAGGCAGGAAGAGGAGGAGGUAGCAGAGAUUAAGGCGGCUCACUUCGAGGAAUCGAUGAAGUACGCGAGGCGGAGCGUGAGCGACGCCGCCAUCAGGAAGUACCAGGCAUUCGCGCAGACGCUGCAGCAGUCUAGGGGGUUCGGCACCGAGUUUCGCUUCCCGGCGCAGCCACAGGCGGCGGAAGCUGCUGUCCACACCUCCACGGCAGCUGAUGAGGAUGAAGACGAUCUGUACAAGUAA